AUGACGGUCAACAGUAUUAGUCCCUCCCCGAGGCCUGCCUCGGCAAGUCUAAUCAGCAACUCCAACGCGUCCAUUUUGGCGUAUUGCGUGGCUUCUAUUAGCAUGACGGCAGUCAACAAGUACAUUUUCUCAGGCGGAUCAUGGAAUCUCACCUUUUUCUGCCUCACGGUUCAAUCCGUCGUCUGCCUCGCUGCCGUGCUCAUCGGCAAGCGCUUCGGAGUGGUCACCACACUGGGAGCCUACGACUCUCUCAAGGCCAGGAAAUGGCUCCCACUGUCUGUGCUGCUCGUCGGCAUGAUUUACUCUGGCGCCAAAUCGCUCCAGUAUCUCAGUGUCCCCGUGUAUACAAUCUUUAAGAACCUGACCAUCAUUGUCAUUGCGUACGGCGAAAACAUCUUCUUCGGCACCAAGGUCUCGCGCCUCAUCCUAGUCUCCUUUGGUUUGAUGGUGCUCAGCUCAGUCAUUGCUGCAUGGGCUGAUAUUCAAGCGGCGAUCAACGGCUUGCACUCCGUUGACACGUCGGCUGCCACGGCGCAGCUGGCGGCUGGUUACACGUGGAUGGGCAUCAACGUCUUCUGCACCUCGGCCUUUUUGAUCGGCUCGCGCAAGGUCAUGAAGGCAUUCAACUUUAGCGACGUCGACACCAUGUUCUACAACAACCUGCUUUCUAUACCUGUACUCGUUCUGGCCUCCCUCUUUCUGGAGGACUGGUCGAGCGAAAACGUCACCAGAAACUUUCCGCCAGAGACGCGCACUGUUCUCAUCAUCAGCAUGAUUUACUCUGGUCUUGGCACCAUUUUCAUUUCCUACACGACUGCCUGGUGCAUCCGUGUCACUUCCUCGACAACGUAUUCCAUGGUUGGCGCGCUCAAUAAGCUACCCCUGGCCGUCACGGGCUUUCUGUUUUUCGGCGCGCCCGUCACUCUGGGCAGCGUUUCUGCGGUUUUUAUUGCCUUUGUCAGUGGCAUAGUAUAUGCGUGGGCAAAGGUGGUGCAGAGUGAAAAGGCCAAAUUGGCCCUUCCAACGACGAAUCUGACGGCCGAAAAGGAUAUGAAAAUUUGA